AUGUCGGAAAAAAUUAUUGUCUUAAUAUGGCUUUGUGUGUUUAUAGUAAAAGUUUCUUCAUCAAGUGAAGCAAAUGCACUCUUCAAAUGGAAGGCCAGCCUUGAGAACCAAAGCCAAGUUAUGUUAUCAUCUUGGAAGAACGGGACAAGUCCAUGCAUAUGGAAAGGAAUUCAAUGUGACAAAUCAAAAUCCAUCGCAACCAUCAAUCUUGAAAACUUUGGACUCAAAGGUACACUUCACAGUCUUAGCUUCUCUUCAUUUCCCAACCUCAUUUCCAUAAACAUAUACAACAACUCGUUCCAUGGAACCAUUCCCUCACACAUUGGUAACAUGUCAAAAGUCAACACUUUGAACUUUUCUUUAAAUCAUUUUGAGGGUUCCAUCCCUAAAGAAUUAUGGACACUGAGGAGUUUACAAAAGCUUGAUCUUUCAUUGUGUUAUCAUCUAAGUGGACCUGUCCCUUCUUCCAUUGAAAACUUGGCCAACUUGACAUAUCUAGACUUAGGAGAAAACAAUCUUUCUAGCCACAUUCCUCCUGAGAUUGGGAAACUAAGAAACCUUUUGUUUCUUGGUAUUGCUGAGAAUAAUCUUGAUGGUUCCAUUCCCCAUGAAAUUGGCAUGUUAACAAAUCUUGAGUAUCUUGAUUUGUCAGGAAAUGUUCUCUCUGGUAAUAUCCCUUCUACAAUUAGUAACAUGACCAAUUUGCAUGAAGUUUCAAUUUCUAAUAACACCCUCAAUGGCUCAAUCCCUUCCUCCAUUGGGAGCAUGUCUAACUUGACAUUGCUAUGGCUUGAUGGCAAUCAACUUUCUGGAUCCAUCCCUGCAUCCAUAGGAAACUUGUCUAGUCUCUAUUCGCUUCAACUCGAUUCGAAUAGCCUCACCGGAUCCAUUCCUUCCACAAUUGGAAACAUGACAAGUCUUGUUGAGAUUUUUCUCCGCUUUAACAAUCUUUCAGGACACAUUCCUGCCUCUGUUGGCAAUUUGAUCAGCUUGGAAUCCUUAUAUCUCCAAGGAAACAAUCUCUCUGGAUCUAUUCCUGACUCAAUUGGAAACUUGAAAAGCCUCUCCAUUCUUGAACUGUCCUUUAACAAACUCACUGGAACCAUUCCACACUCAAUUAAUAACAUUACCAACAUGAUUGACUUUCUAGUAGCCUCAAAUAAUCUCACUGGUCAAUUGCCACCUCACAUUUGCUUAGGUGGUUCAUUGAAGUUCUUCAAUGUUGAUCACAACCAUUUCACUGGUCCAGUACCAAGUACCUUCAAGAACUGCUCUAGUCUUGUUAGAAUAAGGUUAGAGCAGAACCAUUUGAAGGGAGACAUAUCACAAGAUUUUGGCAUUUAUCCUAAUUUGGUGCAUAUUGACCUGAGUGACAACAAAUUUUAUGGUCAAAUUUCACCAAACUGGGGGAAGAGCCAUAAUCUUCAGAACUUGUUGAUGUCCAAUAAUAAUAUUUCUGGUGCUAUACCAAUACAAAUUGUUGAGGCUACCAAUCUAGGAAGGCUUCAUCUUUCUUCUAAUCAUUUGAGUGGAAAGAUUCCAAAUGAAAUAAGAAAUAUGAGAAGCCUGUUUGAACUCAAGAUCAGCAACAAUCAUCUUUCAGGAAACAUUCCAUCAGAUAUAGGAUCAUUGCAUGGUCUUCAAAUCUUAGACCUAGCAGGAAAUGAAUUGAGUGGCAACAUACCAAGACAAGUUGUGCAGUUACCCAACUUGUUGGAAUUGAAUUUGAGCAACAACAAACUAGAGGGAAGUAUCCCGUCUGAUUUUCAAUCACUGCAAACUCUUUACUCUCUUGAUCUUAGCUGCAAUUUGUUGAAUGGACCGAUACCAAAAGUUCUUGGAGAGUUGAAGGAAUUGCGAUCAUUGAACCUUUCACACAACAAUCUUUCUGGGACAGUUCCAUCAAGCUUUGAUGCCAUGUCAAGCUUGAUUUCUGUCAACAUAUCAUACAAUCAACUAGAAGGCCCUCUUCCAAACAAUAAAGCCUUUCUUAGUUCUUCAAUUGAAUCAUUGAAAAAUAACAAAGGCUUGUGUGGUAAUGUCUCUGGCUUGGUGCCAUGUCCAAGCAAUCUUAUCAGCAAAAAUCACAAGGUCAUGUUAUUGGUAUUACUUCUUGUCUUUGGAGUACUAGUACUUGUGCUUUCUGUGGUGGCUAUUUCUGUAUAUAUUCUUUGUAGAAAAGCAAGAAAGAAAACAGGCACAAAUCAAGAAACACAGCCAAAAGAACUUUUUUCCAUAUGGAGCCAUGAUGGGAAAAUGGCAUUUGAAACUAUCAUUGAAGCCACCAACAAUUUUGAUGACAAAUAUAUCAUUGGAAUUGGAGGGCAAGGAUCUGUUUACAGGGCUGAGUUGCCUUCAGGUAUGGUUGUUGCUGUGAAGAAGCUUCAUACAGAAACAUCCAACUUGAAAUCAUUUGAAAAUGAGAUCCAAUCAUUGACAGAAAUCAGGCACCGAAACAUCAUAAAGCUGUAUGGUUUUUGCCAGCACUCGCGGUUCUCAUUUCUGGUUUAUAAGUUCUUGGAAGGUGGAAGCUUGGAUCAAGUACUAAGAGAUGAAACACAUGCAACUCUGUUUGAUUGGAAAAAGAGGGUGAAUGUGGUUAAAGGAGUCGCAAAUGCUUUGUCAUACAUGCAUCAUGAUUCCAUACCCCCUAUUGUUCAUCGUGACAUAUCAAGCAAGAAUGUUCUUCUAGAUUCAGACUAUGAAGCUCAUGUAUCUGAUUUUGGAACAGCCAAGUUCUUGAAACCUGGGUCAAGUUGGACAACACUUGCAGUAACCUUUGGCUAUGCAGCUCCAGAACUAGCUCAGACAAUGGAAGUGACAGAGAAAUGUGAUGUAUAUAGCUUUGGAGUGCUUUGUUUGGAGAUUCUUAUGGGAAAGCAUCCUGGGGAUCUGAUAAGUUCAUUGUUGUCACCAUCAACAGCAUUAAUCAGUUGCAAUUUGUUAUUGGUUGAAGUCAUAGAUCAGAGACCUCCACAUCCUGAAGAAUUAAUGGUUGGUGAUAUCAUGAAGAUCAUAAAGUUGGCACUGAAUUGCUUGAGCCACAAUCCACAAUCUCGACCAAGUAUGCAUCAAGUGUCCAAAGAGCUUAUGAUGGGAAAAUUGCCUUUUGCUAAUCACCAGUUUCCUAUCAUCAGAAUUGGACAGCUCAAUGAAGAAUGGCAAACUCCACUUAUAUGA